AUGCAUUCCUAAUAGUCCUAUACAAUACCUGACUACACUGCUGUCACAACUGAAGUUACUGAUUAACCUCAUCCAAGAUCUCACAGAUAAAUGAGUCAAAGAGAUGUUAAUAUUAAUCACAUGAGAAGUGCCUCAUCUCUGCAUUAGACUCCAAAUAGCUUUAAUAGAACAACUAGAACCCCUCUGAAUAGAAGAGAUGCAAGUGCCCACAGUUCCAUAAAAAAGACUCUGCUUACAGAAACCAUCAAUAAGAAGGAGGAAGAUUUGCUUAAAAGAUUGACAGACCUUCAAUCAUUAGGAACAAAUCAAGCGUUAAAGAAUAAAAAUGAACCGCAUCACUAAUCAGCAAGCUAACUUUCCUCUACCCCUGAUAACCAAAAAUAGCUUAAUUCAGAUGGACCUAGUCAUUCAUUACUCAAUUCUUAUUAAGGAUUGAUUGAUGCAUAGAGGGAUGUCAACGACGAAUUAUUAAAAUCAGGAAGUUCUAGAGCUUCUUAAAGCAAUUAGUAUCGAGAUUUAGAAAUAGAACAUAAAAUCAAAGACGAGGAUAGAAACUUUCUGGAAAGAAUGAAAAAUAGAUUCCUCACAAGUAAUGCUGAGCAAAACUCGAACUAAAAUUCUGCUUAAAAAGAGCUAAUAAAGUCUUAAUCCUCUCCUGUUCUCAGUAACUAAGCUUUUCAAUAAAAUGUGUUAAACUUGGUGUAACCGACUAAACUAGAUUAUGGCUUGUAUCAUGUACCACCUACUAUGAAUAUGCAAACUAUGCCAUCUGAGAAUCCGUCCUAAAAUUAAAGUAGAAUUUCAAUAGAAUCGAGCACACUCAUAUCUUAUAAAUAGUAGCCAGUUACUCUAAAUAAAGAAGAAGACUAUAUGGGAUAAAUUAAUAGAUAGAAGCCACCCACUCAUAUUUAAGCCCGAAAUCAGUUUUACUAAUAUAAAGUCCCAGAGCCUAAGAGCGAUCUAGAACUCCUAGAGGAAAUAAGAUAAAAUGAAAGAAUGUUUGAGGAGAUGGAAAAUCAGAUAGACCUAAAUAAGAAUAGGAAUAGUAAUAAUAAUAUGAUGCCUCCCCCUAUUCCUAUUGAUGAAUCUACUCGAAAGAAGAAAGUAAAAAGGGGUUCUAAGUAAAAGAUCAUCAAAGGUUCAGAAGAUGAAAUGCGAAGAUCAAGCUAAGUUAGGUCUCCCAGACAGAGUUAACCGCUUUCACCAUAGUAGAGAGGAUAUACCUAUGAUCAGUAACCUUAUCUUGUUAAUUAAUAAUAACAUAAUGUAAUUCUUGAUGGCAGAUAGCUGUUAUAACAAAGGAAAAGAUGGUAAUAGGAUGACAGAUAAAUCAAUGAGCUUUUAAAUAAAUUACAGGUUUAGCAGAUAGAAUUUACCAACAAAGACUAACAGGUGCUCUUCUCGCUGACUAGAUAAGUUUAGUCUCUCUAGAAAAAAGUUGACUCUGGCGACUAUGAGGAAACCUAGAGACUAUAAAGAGAGCUCAAUUUAGAAAAAGAUGUAGUACUCAAAAAUGAACAAAAGAUAUAUAAACUAGAGCAGUUUAUUGAAAAUUUAAAACAUCAUGAGAAAAAAGAAAUAGUUGACACUUAGAAUCAAUCAAAAGUUCUUGAGAAGCAAAUUAAAGAUAUAAAAAAUAAAAUGAUGGUGAGUGAAAAUCUAGUCUCCAAGAAGUAAAUGGAGAUAGAGCUUUUAAAGUAAAAACUAGAGAAGAAGAUGCAUGAGGAUGAUAAAUACUUAAUUAGAGAUAGAAAUAUUUUUGAAAAGCAUUUCGGGAGACAACCCAGACCAGCAGAGGAGAAAGCUUAUGAUAUACAAAGAGAGAAACUCGAGAAAUAGGUUGAACUACUUGAGAGAGAGGUUGAUAGGUUGAAUGCUUAGAAUCUUGAAUUGCAAAAUGAAAACUAUGCACUUUCAAAAGGAUAAAUUCCUGCAGAAGAGGCGCACUAUUUUAAAAAAGGAGAUGGAGGACUUACAAUCAAAAUUCGUGAGCUUGAAAAUGAAAAUUAACAACUAUAAAAGGCUCUGAAAUAAAAUGCAAAUGAUUUCAAAGAUCUAUUAAAAGAAAUAGACUAGUAGAAGAAAAGCAAUAUUGAAAGAGAUCAAUAGAUGGAAGCGAUGGAGCAGGAAAUGAAAAUUAGGCCUAAUCUCUCAAGCAUGAAGGCAACAUAAAUGAAAAUGUAGGAAAUGGAGCAAGAGAUUAAAUCGCUCCAGAAAUAAAAUGACGAACUAAAUAACGAAAUCAUGAUUUUUAGAAAUAACUCAGUAAGCAAACUUUAAAUGUUUAUUAUCUUUUAGGGAACUCAUAUUAACUAAAAAUCACAGUAAAAAAACGAGUAAAUAAAAGGUGGGCUUCUGAUUAAAAAUAAUUAAGGGUCAUUUAUGAGUGCAGGCGAUGCAAGAAUGAUUAUAGAGGAAAUCUAAGAAAUAUUAAAGCUAGAAACUGAAGAUCCCGGCUAGAUAAUAGAGACGAUCAGAAAACUAGAGAAGGUAGUCAAAGCAGUACCAAGAAUGGAGAAUUUCAUUUAAAAUAUUUGCAAGCAAAUGAGUGAGGAUCCUAAUAGGCCAACACCUAUUGAAUAAAUAAUACCUUAGAUAUAAUAUCUUAGAGAUAUAGCUAUCAAUCAAGCUGGUCCACUUUAGCAGUUCAAGCGAGAUCUAAUCUAUUUGCUAUUCCAAAGAGACAAUAUAAAUAUGUAGAACCAAGAUUUAAUUAUGGAGAUUGAGAGAUUAAUUAUUGAAAAAGAGCAAAUGAAGCAACAAUCUGUUGUUGAAACAGAGAGUCAGAGAGCCUUUAAAUACAUUUUGGAGCUAUUUGAGUCAAAGGAUUCAACAUAGCUACUUGAUAAAGUUAAUCAGACUUUUGUUUAUGUGAAUGAAUUUAAUACCUUUAUGAGGAUUAUUAGAGGCAUACUCCAGAUGGACAACUCUAUCACUGUAACUACCUGCCUUAAUGCGGUUAGAAAUAUUGUCAUCGGCUAUACUUAGGGCUAAAUUAUGAGAUAAUAAUGA